GAUCACCAUUGUCUUCUCUUGGCAAGACAUCAGACAUUAUCAAAGACAGGCCAUCACCAUGAGAUCGACUUAUAUCCGAGCUCUCGGUUGUGCUCUUGGAGCCACCCAAGUCGCGGCUCAUGCCACGUUCCAGAACUUGUGGGUGAACGGUGUUGAUUAUAUAACUCAGUGUGCCCGCCUCCCGUCGAGCAACAGCCCCGUCACCAACGUCGCGUCCAACGACAUCCGCUGCAACGCUCCGAAUGUCGCAGUGUCCAAGAAAUGCCCCGUGCCCGCGGGUUCGACCGUGACGGUGGAGAUGCACCAGCAGAACGGUGACCGUUCGUGCAGCAACGAGGCCAUCGGCGGCGCCCACUACGGCCCCGUCCAGGUGUACCUGUCGUCCGUGUCCGACGCCACCAAGGCCGACGGCAGCUCGUCCUGGUUCAAGAUCUUUGCCGACACCUGGGCCAAGAACUCGGCCGGCGGCUCCGGGGACGACGACUUCUGGGGCACCAAGGACCUCAACAAGUGCUGCGGCCUCAUGAACGUCAAGAUCCCCUCGGACAUUGCGCCCGGCGACUACCUGCUGCGCGCCGAGGCUCUGGCCCUGCACACGGCCGGCAGCUCGGGCGGCGCCCAGUUCUACAUGACGUGCUUCCAGAUCACCGUGUCGGGCUCUGGGUCCGCCAAGCCAGCCGGUGUAAGCCUGCCCGGAGCAUACAAGGCCUCGGACCCGGGCAUCCUCGUCAACAUCCACGCCCCGAUGGCCGGCUACACCGCUCCCGGCCCGGCCGUGUACUCGGGCGGCAGCGUCAAGGUCGCCGGGUCGGGCUGCGCCGCGUGCGAGUCGACCUGCAAGCCCGGCAGCGGGCCGACGGGCACCAUCGGGGGAGGCGGCACCACCUCGCCGACGUCGACUACUGGCGGCGGCGGCAACGGCGGCGGUGCGAGCAGUACUACUACCGGCGGCGGUGGCUCGGCUCCGACCGGCUGCACUGUUGCAGCGUACGGGCAGUGUGGUGGUCAGAGCUACACGGGUUGCACGACGUGUGCCUCUGGGUCCUGCAAGAAGCAGAACGACUUUUACUCGCAGUGCAUUCCGUAGAGCACGAUCUCAGAUAGCUGUGGCCAGUUAGUUUCUUGUCGAAGGUGGUGAGAAGCUGAGUGUGUGUAGCUUCGGAGCCGGAGUCGAAUCCAACGAAUGAUAUACUUGCAGGACCUGAUGUCGCAAGCUGAUACAUCGUGAGCGAUGUGAGAGUCGUUGAAGAUGAGGUGAACAGUUCUAGUAUACUUUAUUAAUGAUUACAAUGAGAUCUAUGGUUAUAUGAUGC